AUGCAAAUCAUCUCUGUUGCCAUCGCCGCCCUUCUGACGACCGCCAGCGCCAUCAGAAUCAUCAAGCCCGCAGCCGGUGACACUGUUCACUGCAACCAACCAUGGCAAGUGUGCUGGACUGCCGUCGAAGCUCCAGCUAAUGCAAACACAUUCCUCAGCACUGAUCCGCCACAAUUCUGCCUCUACCUCACCAACUUUAGGGAAUUUCCUCCCCAGAUCGUCGACCUCCUCAACCGAACGCCCAUCAUAACUGAUGUUCCCAGACACAUGUCAAGAUUUGCUGACAUGGCGCUUGCGUACUCUAGUCCUUAUCGCGUCCGGGCCGCUUCCUGUCCCGACCCCAACACUAUUUACGCCGAGUCUGGAGACUUUACUCUCGUCGCUUAA